GAGAAGUCAUUCAUAAUGAAUUCCCUAAGAAGAAUAUGGGCCGUACCACUGUGCACACGGUUCAGUUCAUCAACUCCGCCCGAUUUUGUGAAUAGAAACCCUAGGAAUCUGGAACGUAUGAGAAUUGCCAGAAAACCUGAUGGUUAUCACUUGGAGAAACCUGGCAGGAAGUUCUGGCAUAAGCUAUCUAUAAAAGCGAGUCAACGCACUGUAACAGCAGAAGUAAUUCACUAUUUGAAUGGUUCAGUGAUAGAAGCAAAAACAUCUGAGUGGUGUCUUCGUAAACACUUGUACAGCAUCACAGAUACUUGCGCCUAUAUUGCACUGGGCAAAGUAUUCGCUCAAAGAUGUCUAGAAAGUGGUAUUACAGAAAUGUAUUGUGAUAUCAAACCUCUGCCAGGAGGAAAAGUAGAAAUGUUUCUAAAACAAGUUGUAGAUGGAGGGAUCAAGUUAGAAGAACCAGAGGUGUACAAAAAGCCGAACCCAUGGGAUCAAUUGCGGCCUGAAAAACCUUGGGAAGUUACCGAGUCGUAGUUAAUGUGAUUUUAGUAC